CAGAGGGUCCCAUCCAAACUAUGACGCCAUGGCACCUGGCCUGGUUGCUGCCAUGGUUUUCACACCAUGUGAUGGCACAGUACUCACGUGGUGAAUAUGGCACAGACAGCUGUAGUGGAACUUCACGGGUCCCGAAAGAGAGAUGUGAGGACGCCACUUUGGCUCUAAACCUCUUCUGGAUCGGCGAGAUGCAGUCCACCAGCACCAUUGCUGGCUGCCAAGUCGAUACCCUGAAUGGCUACUUCAACACUCAGGACUCCUCCCAGGUGAACGAUGUCUUCGCACCGCUCUGCGAAGUGACUACGACCACCACCAGCAGCGGCACCAAAACCAGCACUGCAUCCAGUGUCACUCGGACGGACUCCUCCACCACCUUGACGAUCACCACCAGGACCACCCUGUCCACUACAAGCCUCACCCAAACAGUACCUGUACCACCGUUGGUCUUCCCACAAGACCCUCUGGGACAGUGGCAGCUCUGGCCCAAUGGCACUCUGGAACGAAGUCAUCUCACGCCACGCAGACAUUUGUUCGCCCCGGGGGAUGUGGACGACUGUCCGGUGCCCUUGACGUUUCUGACGCAACAGCGCUGGACCUUUGCGAUGUAUCUCUAUGGUGGUGCUAUGAAUAUCUCAGAUUCAUGGAAAGACCCCACCAUCGCUCACUUGUCGUUGCCGUAUCUUUGGGUCGGCAAGACGUGCUUCGCGCUCAGCAACGCCAGCGGGGUCACCACGGCUGACGAUGUCGGCGUUGACGGAACCGGCACGGUGGACGUCAGCGCUUCCGCGUCAACGGCGGCGCUGGGGGGCGUUUUCCUCAUUUUGGCCAGAGUUUUACUGUGACGUCCGGUGACAGAGUCGGCAGGCUGUGGUUGUGGGUGUGCCCAACAAAGGGGGAUACCCUCUGGUAAAC